GUGUAGUAGUAUUUCAGCGCUCAGGUCAUUUAUACUGUCAGCAUUAGUACCGAGUACCGAGUACAGUGGAGUACAGUGGAGUACAGUGAUGUAUAGUGAUGUAUAGUGAUGUAUAGUGAUGAAUAGUAAAGAGGUAAACAUGCCGGAGACCACCAUGAUCACGUGUACUGCACCGGUCAACAUUGCUGUCAUUAAAUACUGGGGGAAACGAGAUGAAGAGCUGAUCCUGCCCAUAAACUCCUCACUCAGUGUAACUCUGCACCAGGACCAGCUUAAAACAACCACAACAGUUGCAUGCAGCAGAAAAUUCCAUGAGGAUCGCAUCUGGCUGAACGGCAAAGAAGAAUAUAUCAACCAGCCCAGACUGCAGUCAUGCUUACGAGAAAUUCGAAGAUUAGCACGGAAGAGACGGAGUGAAGAAGAUUCCAGUUCUAAAAGUUUGUUGUCUCAUCGCAUCCAUAUCUGUUCUGUAAAUAACUUCCCCACAGCAGCUGGACUGGCAUCGUCUGCAGCUGGCUACGCUUGCCUAGUGUACUCGCUGGCUCGUUUGUUUGGAGUGGAGGCAGAGCUCUCUGUGGUGGCACGGCAGGGUUCUGGCAGUGCCUGCCGAAGUAUGUAUGGAGGUUUUGUCCAGUGGAAAAUGGGUGAAAGGCAGGAUGGCAUAGACAGUGUGGCUGAGCAGGUGGCACCAGAGUCGCACUGGCCAGAGCUUAGAGUUCUCGUCCUGGUGUUAAUUUAUAUUGUGUGCUUUCAGGUCAGUGCAGAGAGGAAACCAGUUGGAAGCACUUCUGGUAUGCAGACUAGUGUGAAAACCAGUGAACUGCUGAAGCAUCGUGCAGACAGUGUGGUUCCUGCAAGGAUGGAGGAGAUGAUCAGCGCCAUUCAGAGAAAAGACUUCAGGACUUUUGCAGAGCUUACAAUGAAAGACAGUAACCAGUUUCAUGCCACCUGCCUGGACACCUGUCCACCAAUAUUCUAUCUCAAUGACAUUUCCCGAAAAGUAAUCAGCCUGGUGCAUCGCUACAAUCAGUAUUACAAAGAGACCAGAGUGGCGUAUACUUUCGAUGCAGGUCCUAAUGCUGUAAUCUACACCUUACAAGACCACGUGCCUGAAUUUGUCCAGGCCGUCCAACAUUUCUUCCCCCCAGAAUCCAAUGGUGGACAGUUUGUAAAAGGUGAUGAUGUGGCUGCUGCCCCAUUAUCCGAGGAGCUAAUCCAAGCCAUUGGCAUUGAACCUGUACCAAAAGGCAUCAGCUACAUUAUUAGCACUAAGGUUGGCCCUGGUCCUUGCAUGGUGGAAGACUCUGACCUUCAUCUGUUAGGUCCAGAUGGGCUUCCCAAGAAAAGUCCCUAAGUUUUAAUAGAAGGAUCUAAAGAUCAAUCUAAGAAUAAUAACUAUUAUUAUUAUUAUUAUUAUUAUUAUUAUUAUUAUUAAUAAUAAUAAUAAUAAUAAUAAUAAUAAUAAUAAUAAUUUCAUAUAGAAUUUAAACAGGACAUUGUGGUAGCAGUCUGGAAAUGUUUUUUGUCCAAAUGCUGUAUCCUAUUUACAUUGGUGUGUAUAUACCUGCUUUUUGUGUAGA